UUCUGCUCUCCGAGCGCGCAGAGCCAUCGCCAAACUUUGAUAAGCUGAAACCUUCAAGCAAAGGAGAAAAUCAUAUUUUUAUUUUUCUUAGAGCACAGAGUCAGCCGCCGAUUUUGUGUGAUAAAGGUCCCACUUUCUUCUUUUCCUGCCCACCUUGAGAAAUACGAUCUGGACAUGGAAAACGCACCAGUUGAAAUUUUCAAAGAAGAGAGCAAGUGCCUGUCCGGGCUGCUGGAGGACUGUCCGGUGAAUUCCUCGGUUUGGAUGUCCGGAGACAGCCGCAACGUGACCCGCGAUGAUGAGAGCUGGGAGCAGGAGAGCAUGUCCCCCAUCAUCCCCAUCAUCACCGCGGUGUAUUCUGUGGUGUUCGUGGUCGGCUUGCUGGGCAACUGCCUCGUCAUGUAUGUGAUCAUCAGAUACACAAAGAUGAAGACAGCCACCAACAUCUACAUCUUCAACUUGGCGCUCGCAGAUGCUCUUGUCACCACCACCAUGCCCUUCCAGAGUACCGACUACCUUCUGAACACCUGGCCGUUUGGGGAGGUGGUGUGCAAGGUCUUCAUCUCCAUCGACUACUAUAACAUGUUCACCAGCAUCUUCACUCUCACCAUGAUGAGUGUGGACCGGUAUGUGGCGGUGUGCCACCCUGUUAAAGCUCUGGACUUCCGCACACCCAUCAAAGCCAAGAUGAUCAACGUCUGCAUCUGGAUCCUGUCCUCGGCUGCAGGGAUACCGGCUUUUGUUCUGGGGGGAACGCAGACAAACAGCGACAUAACUGAAUGUGCCUUACAGUUUCCAGAGCCGUACGCCUACUGGGACACGAUGAUGAAGAUCUGUGUGUUUGUGUUUGCCUUCGUCGUGCCUGUGCUCAUCAUCACCGUCUGCUACACCCUCAUGGUCCUGAGACUGAAGAGUGUCCGGAUGCUGUCUGGUUCACGGGAGAAGGACCGCAACCUGCGGCGCAUCACACGGCUGGUGGUGGUGGUGGUCGCCGUGUUCGUGGUCUGCUGGACGCCCAUUCACAUCUUCAUCCUGGUCAAGGCACUUGUGAGCGUACCCGAGACCACCGCCAUCAUGGCGGCGUAUUUCUUCUGCGUGGCUCUGGGCUACACCAACAGCAGCCUCAACCCCAUCCUCUACGCCUUCCUGGACGAGAACUUCAAACGCUGCUUCAAGGACUUCUGCCUGUCAGCCAAACUGAAGGGGGACAGGGCCUCUGGCAGCAAGAAGGUCCCCAGCACAGUCCGGGCCACCGCUGUUCCCCUGGAGAACCCAGACAGGACUAAUAAACCCACCUGACUAGCGGUGGAACUGUCUUCAAUUUCCCACAUUGGAAAAGAAGACUCGCAUGAUCUGGGCUUAACGCAUAUCACUUCAGUGAUGUAGACUUGCUCUGCUGUGAAAGGUGAUCCACCUCUUGAUUUUAGAAACACCGUAUCGCAGAGCCAAGCUGCCAAGAUAGAUCAAAAUCUUUCACUUAAAACCACAUGAAAGUCAUCUGUUGGACAAUUUCAUCUUCUUUGAUCUAAAGAUUUUGAAGUUCAUGUCUGAAUUUACAGGGGGAUUCAAAGAAAACAUAUAAAAAGUGGAUGAAAGUUAUCUGUAAGGGGAAUACAGUGGACCACGAGCUAUGUUUAUGAAUUUGCUGGCCCUUCCUCUCUCCCCCAACAGCCUUAUAUGUCUAAGAGUUUUCCCAAAGGAAUCUUACUAAAAAAAUAAAUAAAAAAUCUUCUAUGAAAAAAAGUUUAUAGAAUAAAAAACUUCUAUUUAAUAUAACACAUAUAUUAAAUAGAUUAAUUGAACAUUAGACACAUGUUUAAAGGUUGUGGCUUACACAAGACCAAUCAAACUGGGGUUCUAAUACAAAAAAAAUCGUCAUUCAUGGUUUGCAUAAUCAUAAGGAAGACUUCUCAUUUGAACAGAAGGGUAAGCCAAAACCCUUAUUUCUAAAAAACUUGUCUGAGACAUAAAUGAAAAGCUGAGUGGAAGGAGAAAAUGUGUUUCAGCAAGAUUCCCAUGUGACAGAGAUAACCACAGCCUCAGCCUGUGGUGAAAGAACCAGCACAUACAGAUGGUUCUUUCAUCAUAGCUGAAGUUGAAGUUCAGGAACUUUAUUUGGAUGCAUCUGUUGAUCCAUUUUUUUGUAGCAGAAAUUUUAAAAAGUGCUUUUUCCAUAAUUGCUCAUCUGUUAAAAAAAUCUGUGAAAAAAAUAUGUCUAAAAAACAAACAGAAGACUGAUAAUUAUGACUAUUGCUAAAUAUGUCCAAACUUCUCAUUUAAAUUUCCUUCAAUAAGUCUAAUAUUUGCCAGCAGUGCCUUCGACAGUUCAGGAUAACAUGAUUGUCUUUUCGAUGUGAAGAAUGACUGAAGCCAAUUGGCAAGUUAUGUUCAAAAGAUUUUCUUUGUAUAUGAAUUAGUUUGGGUUUUCAUUGGUUUGACUGCAUGAAGCCCUGGCAGAGAACGUUGGUCAAAAGCUUUUUCGCCUCUGUGAAAUGUGUGAAUGGAGCUGAUUGGUCACAGUGUGUGAAAACUGACUCAUGGAUGGUCUUGGAAGUCAAAAAUAGUCAACAUACAUCUGCGUCACAAAGAGCUUACUCAAUGAGGGAAAAGAGUGGAAAAAAAAUAAAGGAUACAUCCUGGACUCAAAUGUGCAUUUAAAAUUUGUCCCAGGGCUCUCCAUCGGUUUUGACGUCAUGAAUGGUGUCCAAACUGAUGCACUGUAAAAUUGUACUCAAUGUGAUGAAUUAACCUGUGCUUUUUAUGGCUUUUACAGGGAUGACAAGAACUCUUUCUCAUGUUGUUCAAUCGAAUCAUAUGAAUGGCAGUCUUUACAAGUUGUGGACCGACAGUCUAUUAUAAUACCCACACAAUAAUGCUGUGUCUUUAAAAUUUAGCAAAGAUUACAAGUUGAACAACUUUGCGCAGUCAUCAUGUAAAUAAACUGUACUCGUAGCAUGUGAGUCAUCAUCAAUGUGAUGUAAAAGCUGACAUCAGAAGCUAAAACAUGCUUAAUGGACUGCUGUUUGUUUCUAAUGUGCUGCAAAGAGACUGUGUAAAAUAUGUAGAAAUUCAUCUGGACAGCUAAAACUAUUUAUUUCUAAUUUUCUGGCUGCUACAUGUAUAUUGUGGAAUUAAAACCAAAACAGAAAACAUCUAUAAUAUUAAAAAGGACCAUGAAUGCAUAGGUUUUUUUCCCCCCUAUUUGUCAUGAUCUUUGUGUGCUCUCUUUAAAUCUGUUGUACUUUGGGUCUGUCUGCUCUUAUUUGUGCAGGACGUGUGUAGUUCCUGUCUGUGAAGCUGUCAAAAUUAA